AUGGGCAAAAAGAGAAAGUUCCAGCACCACGGCCAGAGGCCUUCAAAGCCCUCGUCUGGCCAAGCAAAUAAGGGCAAAGCGAAGGAAGUGAAAGGCUCGCCUUCAUCCAAAGCCUCAAAGUCCAAGAAUCAGCCUCAGCAAAACGUGGAGCCAAUAAUUCCCUUCUCAGCAGAGGACUCGAUUCUCCUGGUUGGCGAUGGCGAUCUGAGCUUUGCCGCCUCGCUGAUCGAGCACCACGGUUGCGGUGACAACCUCACAGCUACUGUUCUAGAAGCCAAUCUGGGAGAGCUGACGGAAAAGUAUCCGUAUGUUGCCGAAAAUGUUGAGAAGAUCGAGGCCGAGGGUGGCAAAGUAACGUACGGGGUCGAUGCGCGCAAGAUGGGUCCAUGGGCCCAAAAGAAGGGCAAGGAGUCCAUAGGCCGCAUGGACAGGAUCAUUUUCAACUUUCCUCACGUUGGCGGCAAGAGUACAGACGUGAAUCGUCAGGUCCGGUAUAACCAAGAGUUGUUGGUUGACUUCUUCAAGCGUGCAUUGCUAUCGCUUGCCCCUGGUGGCACCAUCAUCAUUACUUUGUUCGAGGGCGAGCCUUACACGCUCUGGAACAUCCGCGACCUGGGCCGGCAUUCCGGCCUCCAGGUGGAGAGAAGCUUCCGCUUUCAGGCCUCGGCCUACCCCGGCUAUCACCAUGCCCGAACCUUAGGUGUCGUGAAAAACAAGCACGGCGAGACCGGCGGCGGCUGGAAAGGUGAGGAUCGCUUGUCUCGGAGCUAUGUCUUCGUGCGAAAAGACGACGUUCCAAAACCAGUCUCCAAAAAGCGUCGGCGUGACUCUGAUUCAGAUGAUGACGACGACGAUGACUCUGAUUGA